ACAGAAGUAUCUCUACACAACAUUACAGAAGCUUUCCUGGAUCAGCAACGCAACUCGCAAACGAAGCAAGCAUCGCGCCCCUUCUUGUUACGACUCUGUUUGUGAACUUUGCAUUUGGGAUAGAGUCCAUACAAUGCGCGUUAAUCGUUAGACUGGUAUAGAGGUAUCCGGAUGCUUCGCGCUGCUGGGCGAGGGGUCCUCGUCCGCCCCUCGCCCCCGACGCCUGCAGGGCGGGUGCGCACGCAAUGCACGAGAACAUACAACGUGUUGCUGGCGCCACCUUCAAUAGCUGAAGGGCAUCAGAGGGAGCCGAGUGCAAAUGGAGCGGGGCCGAGCAAACGAGGCACUCGUGCGCAGCCUAUAGCCCCCGAGAAGCCAAAUGCAGGCCGCAUCACGCCCGUCAAGCUGGCGGGUCUCUCGGCCGUGCUACACAUGCCCAUCACGCGGGUGGAGCGGCUGCUGCAGCGCAGCCCGGCCGCGGUGCGGCAGAUGGAGCCCGAGCAGUUGUCGGCGCGGCUGCAGCAGCUGAGUGGGGCGCUGGGCCUGCCGCCGAAGCGCGUGGCGUUCAUGGUAGCCAACCAGCCCGGCUACAUGCUGCUCACGCCGCUGGACGACGUGCGCGCCAAGGUGCAGGAGCUGGCGGCCGCACUGGCUGUGCCGGACGGCGCCGUGCUGCGCGCCGCGCUGACUGUGCCCUCCAUCCUCACCCGCUCGACGGAGGUGGUGGCGCGGCGGGUGGGCGCCUACGCGCAGCUGCUGCGCUGCUCGCCGCUGGACGUGCUGCACGUAAUGUCGCGGGGGCCUGAGUAUCUGACCGACACGCCCGCCUCGCUGCGGCAGCGCAUGUCGGCGUUGGGGAUGGUGCUGCGCCGGCCGCGCUGCACCAUCGCCGCCAUGCUGCAGGCGCGGCCGGACCUGGCGGCCAUGAGCGGCAAGGUCAUGAACAGCAAGGUGAACGGCCUCAUGUGCAUCCUCAACAAGCAGAAGCGGCACGUGGUGACGCUGUUGGUGCGCACGCCGGCGCUGCUGCGCUGCGACUUAGACCGCGCGCGGACGAUAUUCGGCGGGCUGCAGGCCAUGCUGCGGAAGCGCGAGGGCUUCGCCUACGCCAUGGUGUGCCACGCCCCGCAGCUGCUGCUGCUGCCGCCGCGCGGGCUGCAACAGCGCUGCUCCGCGCUUAGGCGCUGCCUGGCGGCGUCACCCGCCUGGCAGGCGCAGUUCGCGGCGCUGCGGCCGCCGGCGGUCGCACAGCUGGUGCUGAACCGCAGGGGCUGCCUGUCGUCCAUGAUGUUCCUGUCGGAGCGGCGGCGGGCAGGCGAGGUGUCACUGGAGCAGCUGCUCGGGGUAGGGGCGGGUGGCGGCGUCAGCGGCUGCAGCAGCGUCCAGGUGGCACUGCGCGAGUCGUGGCCCGACUUUGUGGCGUGGAUGGAGCGACGGCAGCAGAUCAUGGCCAUGCGCAUGCAGCAGCGGCGGGCGUACGCGGCGGCGGCAGCGGCGGCAGCAGCAGCAGCGGCAGUAGCGGCUGCCUCGGCGUCGUCGUUGUCCGUUGCGGCAUCCGCAUCAGCGGCGGCGGUUAACGGAAUGUCGGCAGCGCGGCCUGCCCUGUUCCAGCAGCCGUCCGCUCCGCACGCGCAGGUGCCGCAGCAGCCUGGGUUAUCCUUGGCGCAGGCGGCGGCCGCGGCGGCAACUGCUGAAGGCUGUGGGGCGCCUCUGGAGCACGCGGCGGAGGCAGCGGGGUCUUCCUCGCGGGCUGUCAGCCACAUGCAAGCCUCAACGUCAGGCAUGCUCUUGCAUGGUCAUAGCAGCAGCAGUGGCAACGGAAAUGGCAACGGGGCCGGUGCCACUUGCAGCGCUGUCGGGCACGCCAGCCCAGACCUAGGUUCCGCGGACAAGGGGCCCAUGCAGCGGCGGCAGCAGCAGCCCGAGGCGUCGACGUCAGGGCGGCAACUGUCGUGGCUGCAGUUGCAAGCACAGUACCGGCGAGAAAGGCACGCAGCCACACUUGUGGGCCGCAACCCUAAGCGGCGAGUGGUUGUACAACCAGCGGCGGCUGUUGCGGCGCCAGGUGCGGCCGCCACGUCAGUGUCUACCUCGGUGCCGGCACGUCACCACCGGCGGCAGCGGCAGCGGCGACACGCAGCAGCAGGAUCAGGGUCAGGCGGCACAAUCGGCGCGUCCGCGUCAAUCGGCCAGGCACCAAACGGCGCUCCGGCUCGGUUAAAAGCAACAGGGGACGUGGCUGCAGUGGCGGUGAAUGGCAACGGCACGUCCAACGGCGCGCCGCACAGCCACGCGCUACGCAGCCUGGUGCACGGGGGAGGGUCACGGUCUGGCAGCAGUAUCUACAGCAGCUCGCAGCCGGCAAACACUGGCGUGGCCAACGCCGCAGCCCACAACGGCGUCGCAGCGCAGUCCCACAUCGUGACCGCCUUCGGCGUUGCCGACGUCGCGGCUGGCACCCACGCGCGCCCGCAGCGCGCUCUGGCGCACCCGCUCAGCCACUCAGCGGUCGAGUACCUAGGGACAGCCAGCGGCGGCGCCGGCUCGCUAGAUGUGCCGGAUCCAGCCUCCGCCAGCUCGCAGGGCGUGGCCAUGUGGCUCCACCUGCACGACGCGGCGGCCGGCGUCGGGCCAGCAGCUGUUGCGGCUGCGGCCGCGGGCAGCCAUAGUCACGGCAAUUGCAAUGGCAGCGGCAUUGGUAGCGGCGGCGUUGGGCACGUGCUGGGAGUGCUGGCGGACGCGGCGGAUGUGACGGCGCACGUGGUGGACAUGGACAUGCACGCGCUGCAGUCGAGCGGCGCGGCCGUGACCAUUCGAGGAGGAGCAGGUGGCGGCGCGCGACCGAGCGAGCUGGUGGACACAGUGGGGGGCGAGGCGGCGGAGGACUGUAACAGUAGCGUAGUGGUGAUGGGCGGGGACGGCUCGGUCCACGACAUCUGCGGGAUAGGCAGGGGCGCGGCGCAGCAACAGGAACAGCAGCGGCAGCAGCAGGCACGGCUGCACUCGGGGCAAGCCCGCCGCGGGCAGCAGCAGGGGCAUGCAGCGCAGCCUCUUGCGUCAGGGCAGAGUCCGCGGCUUGAGCCGGCGAUCGGAGCGGCCGUGCCCAGGUAGCUGCCGGCGCUAGCCAGCAAGCAACAGCAGCCGCAGGUGCACUUGCAUACGGUAUCCACGGAGAGUAGCUAUAUUUCGUUCGUUGGUCGGGUCGUCGAUAUCAGGUUAGGCGGAGAGGAGCGUUCAACAGUGCAGGUGUGAGACACGAUGGUUGGCUCGCCAUAAUUGUUGCGAAGGUGCUUGAAGAUGCGCGCCAGUGUGUGCUGGAGCCGCUGGGCAUCCGAUGAUACUGUUGGGUAUGCUACGAUAAGCGGGCACAGGUGUUGUAUGCAUACGCUGGGUGUGAUCUGGUGUGAUUUCUCGUGUAGUGGUGUGCUGGGACGUGGGGAGGCUGGGCGACACGCUCAUAGCCGGCAGCGAUCGGUUAUGCCAGGGCGCACAGACAGGCUUGCCCUGGAGUGUAAUGGAAUGUGAGA